UUUUGUUGUUUCUCCGGCGGUGUGUCGCGCUCGGCCUGUCAAACCCGUGCGUGACUUUUCGCUGGAACGACGAGACGGGAGCUCCAGGGAUGCACAUGACUAAAAGGACGAGGAACACAAUGAAACCGCCGUCACAGACUUCCCCUUUAAGCAGCAUAGUGUUUGAAGGCGUCUACAACAAUGCCCGAAUGCUUCACUUCCUCACAGCAGUCGUGGGCUCCACCUGUGAUGUGAGGGUGAAGAACGGAGCCACGUUCGAAGGAAUCUUCAAGACUUUAAGCUCUCAGUGUGAGCUGGCUGUGGACGCUGUCCAUAAACAGAGCGAUGGAGGAGGAGGAGAGGAAGGCCAGUCCUCUCCUCCCAAGAUUGAGGACAUAACCGACACGAUGAUCUUCAGCCCCGGCGACCUGGUGACCAUGACGUGCCGCGACGUCGACCUGAACUUUGCCGUCAGAGACACGUUCACCGACACGUCCAUCAGCUCGUCGCGCGUGAACGGCGACAACCGAGAGAAAGUCCUCCAGAGAUGGGACGGGAACGGGAACGGAGAGAACUUUGAGCUGGAGGCGGACACGUCUAACGGUUGGGACGCAAACGAGAUGUUCAAGUUCAACGAGGAGACGUACGGCGUGAAGUCCACGUACGACGCCAGCCUGUCCAUGUACACCAUGCCUUUGGAGAAGGGGAACUCCGAGGUUUUCCGCCAGCGGGAAGCUCGAGCCUCUCGGCUGGCCAACGAGAUCGAGGGCAGCCUGCAGUACCGCCGCAGGGUCUCCCUGGAGAACGACGAGGGGCGCAGCGAGGAGGACAAAUACAGCUCGGUGGUCCGGGAGGACCGGGCCAGCCCCGGGUUCACGCCCAGCAGCAGGGAGGGUAAAUACAUCCCUCUGCCGCAGCGGGCUCGAGAGAUCGGCCGAACCGGAGCCUCCGGUCGCACCGCGCCACCGCCGCCGUCCUCCAGACAGCCGCCGCCGGGCUCGUCCUCCGACCGCAGCAGCCCGCUGUCCCUCAGGACCACCUACUCUCCUCACCAGGCGCAGGGCAGCCCGCCGGCGGCCGGCAGCCCUCCCUGCUCCAACCACGUCCUGCCGCACUCGCUCUCUCACCCGCAGGCGCUCGCCGACUCCACGCGCUCGGCCGUUAACGGAGUCACGUCCAGAACUUCCCCAAAAACCCAGAGACUCCAGAGCAGCAGAACCCUGAGGACCCCAAACUCCCAGUCCUCAUCUGCAGUCUCUCGUGCUCCUAAAGCCGACACCACCCUGGACCUCCUUCCUGUGGGCGGGCCCGUGUUCUUGGACUCCUCUUCCGUUGCCAUGGCCACCGGCUCCAAACCCUCCGGCCCGACGCCCCUCUUCCCCAUUGAUGUGAACGAGAUCCUCAGCACGGCCGCCAAGGAGAGAACCGACGCUCUGUCUGAGGGAAAGCCCUGCAAAGCUCCAACGGUGCAGCAGAGAAACCAGCUGGAGGAGCUGCGCAAGUUCGGCAAGGAGUUCAGGCUGCAGCCCACCUCCUCUCCGUCAGCGAGCCCGGCCUCUGCAGACCCUCCUCCGCACAGCUCCGCCUCCUCCUCCUCUUCCUCCUCCUCCUCCCCAGCGCCGCCGCCCAAACCCGCCCAAGACCUGCAGCAGGUGACGGAGGUCGCCCCGACCUUCACGGCCCCCUCCGCCGGCCCCGAGUCCUUCGGGCCGGAGGGGCGGCGGCCUGGGCCGAGCCCCGGCGGCGAGGACGGCCGUCCGGAGAGCGGCGAGCGGCCCGAGGCUGCAGCCACAGCGCAAGUGAAAAACUCCACGUUGAAUCCAAAUGCGAAAGAAUUCCUGCCCAUCAAAGUGAACAUAGUGCAGAAGCCUGCGCCGACCCCCACUCCUCCUCGACCGACGCCCCCCAGCCCCUCAUUGGUCCUGGCUCCUCCAGGACAACCAGGAGGCGGAGCCAUCUACAGCAACCCACCUGGACACUACCUGUCCUACGUCUCCCCGCUCCACCUCCAGGGACACCAGAUGCAGGCUCCUCAGAUGUAUCAGUACACGAUGUCGACUGUCAACCAGGGCAAAUACCCCAGAGCCAAAGGCCCGGUGGUGGGACAGCGUCCGGAGCACCACGCCUCCCAGGCCUCCUCCAUGAUCUCAGCUGCAGCCUCGGCAGCGGGACCCCCUCUGGUGGCCUCACCGUACCCCCAGUCCUACCUGCAGUACGGUCAGGUGAUCCAGGCCCUGCCCCCCCACUUCCACGGACAGCCCGUGUACUCGAUGCUUCAGGGCGGCGCGAGGAUGCUGACGGCCGGGGCCCCCCCUCCCCAGAUGGGUCCUCCCGGCCCCCAGUACCCCGGCCAGGCUGAGGGGCCACAACAGGCCAUGUAUGCCCAGUCCUUCUCCCACCACUCGGGCGCCCUCCACCACCCUCAGCCCUCCAGCACCCCGACUGGGAACCAGCCGCCCCCCCAGCACUCAGCUCCCAGUCCGGGACACAACCAGUCCAGCCAGGCCGGUCCUCAGCCUCAGUCCAUGUUCCACUCUGGAGGUCUGCAGAACCCGGCGCCCCCCAACCUGCCGCCGGGCCACAGCUCCCCCCAGACCUCCUACACCAUGCAGGGCUACAGCCUCCCGGGACACCAGCCUCUGGCCCACGGCUUCCCCUCCAUUAGCCAGCUCACGCAGGCCCACGUUGCAGGAGGUCUCUCUGGACCGCAUCACUCUGGGGGUCAUGGUCUGCCGCCCGUCAUGCUGCACUACGUCUCCCCCCAGCAGGGCGCCGGCUCCAACCCCCAACACGGCCCCCAGCAGGGGGCGCCGCAGCACUUCUACAUCGGACACCCACAAGCUCUUCAGGUCCAGGCUCACCCGACCCAGCAGCUGUCCUUCCACCCGUCUGCCAACUGAACCCGCCCCCCCAUCUGGCUCCACCCCCCUCCACAUCUGGCUCCACCCCCCUUUAAUAUAAUAAACCAUAAAUAAACGAUAACCCGAAGCAGUCGUAACAUUCCCCACAGGAAACAAACGCAGCGCCACGUUUUAAAUGUAAAUAGAACGUUUUCUGGAGAGGAAAGAUUUCUCUUUUUGUCCUUUUGCAGACGGAACCAGUUCAUUAAUAAAACCACUGAAUCAAAACCACUUUGUUCACUGGGA